GAGCGCCGCAUAAUCUCCCUCGAAUCGAAAUGAUCAUCAAGACCGUGGGUCUACUCUUCCUGUUGGCUGGUCAGGUCUAUGGCCAGUUCAGUUUUGGAAUCCCCAUUUACAACCUGAACAGCAUCUACUCCGCUCUAACCGGCACGGGAGGCAGCUCCAACUCUGGGUCCAGCUCAGGAUCGUCUGGUGGCGGUGGCGGUGGCGGCAGCAGCAACAACGACGAUGCCCAGGCUGACUACAAUGCGUACCUGAGUGAAUACUACAGCAAUUACUGGCAGAACUUCUACCAGAACCAGGCGCUCUAUGGUCCCUAUGGACCAUAUGGUCCAUUUGGGCCCGGGUCAUUUCCUAAUGGACCACAACCAACGCCAGCACCCACACCAGCACCCACACCUGCACCAACCUCAGCUCCGAUCACAACCUCCACAGCUGUCAUACCCACUGUGGGUCCCAUCACAACCUCCACAGCUGUCAUACCCACUGUGGGUCCCAUCACAACCUCCACCGCAGUCGCACCCACUGUCGGCCCUGCAACAACUUCGACUGCAGUCGCACCUGUGGACCCGGCCACGACUUCGACGGCCCUCCCAACUGUAAACACGGACAUGACUUCGGACGCAGUGGGACCUAAACGGUUCCGCACCACUCCCCUGCCGUUCCACUACGUUCCCGGCACCUUCCUCAGUCCCUACGAUCUGCAUCGCAUUAACUCCAACCCGAUCGACGAGCAAGGUGUGGGCUCAGCCUCAGCAGCAUCGGCAGCAGGCACAUCGGCAGUCUAUAUCCCAUACGACGCCGUCCUCCAUCGCCGAUCGCGGCCAAGUCCUUACUUUGAAUUGGAUGGUAAGAAAUAG